AUGACAAACUCUCUUGCCAUCUUGCGUCAUGACAUGACUACUGUCAUGAAAGACGUUACUGAUAUCAAAGCAAAAACUUUGAACACUCCUGUAUCUGCUGUUUUGCAGAGUCAGCCGAUGGCUUUAGUGCAUGCUGUUGCUCCUGUGAGCAUGGAAAUGAAUAUAGCUGGUUCUCCUACCAUGGCUUCUGAUGCAAAAUCAGGCAACAAAACAAAAGCCUAUGUAUUCAACAAUGAUAAGCCAAGGUGGAACAUGGCUGUAAACUUCAACCAGUCGCCAAACACUGAGUUGACAGAAAACCUUGUUGCUUACUUGGAAAGAAAUUUCGUAGGAGCAGGACUGAGAAAAAGUGAUGUUCAUGACUUUGUCUACACAAACUUCACUAGCAGAAAGCAUGCAGCUAAUAAGUCUCAGGCUAAAAAAAAGUCAGACAAUGCUUGCAACAGAAGGAGUAGCCGUGAAAAGGAGCACUUGAAACGUUGCAAAACAGCGCAUCAGUCUAACAAGACUGCUAUUGAUGACAAGAUGAAAAGAGAUUGCUCUGGUCUCAUUAUAGAAGAGGCUAUGUCUGUUAGUGAGUCAGACAAUGGCACUUCGCCUCAUGUUUCUUAUAGUGGGCUUCGUCUUCAUCGUCCAUAUUAG